CCCCGUCGGGCCGCGGGGAAGAAGGCGGCCAUGGCGGCGGCGGCCGUCGUCCCCGACGGGGAGUUCACGGCGGCGGCCUACCGGCUGAUCCGGGACGGCCGCUACGCCGAGGCGGUGCAGCUGCUGGGCGGGGACCCUGGCCGGGGCCCGCGGGGCCGGGCCGGCCUGUCGCUGCUGGGCUUCUGCUACUACCGGCUGCAGGAGUUCGUGCUGGCGGCCGACUGCUACGAGCAGCUGGGCCAGCUGCACCCGGAGCUGGAGCAGUACGGGCUGUACCGGGCCCAGGCCCUCUACAAGGCCUGCCUCUACCCCGAGGCCACCCGCGCCGCCUUCCUGCUGCACGACAGCCCCGCCUUUCGCACCCGGGCCCUGCGCCUGCGGGCCGCCAUCAAGUACGGCGAGGGCGACCUGGCCGGGGCCCAGAGCCUGGUGGAAAGGCUGCUGGGCGGCGAGGCCGGAGCCCCCGAGGCCGCCCCCUCCGAGCGGGCCUCCGGCCCCCGGCCCGCCUCGGCCUCCUCCUGCCGCCCCUCGGCCUCCCGCGCCUCCUCCCCGCCCGACGGCCCCGACCCCGAGGCCUCCGGCGAGCCCGACGGCCAGGUCAACCUGGGCUGCCUCCUCUACCGGGAAGGCCGCCACGAGGAGGCCGGGGCCAAGUUCGCCGCCGCCCUGCAGGCCUCCGGCUACCGGCCCGACCUGGCCUACAACCUGGCCCUGGCCCACUACGGCGGGCGGCGCUACGCCCCGGCCCUCAAGCACAUCGCCGACAUCAUCGAGCGGGGCAUCCGCCAGCACCCGGAGCUGGGCGUGGGCAUGACCACCGAGGGCAUCGACGCGCGCAGCGUGGGCAACACCCUGGUGCUGCACCGGACGGCCCUGGUGGAGGCCUUCAACCUCAAGGCGGCCAUCGAGUUCCAGCUGCGCAACCACGAGGCGGCCCGGGAGGCCCUGACCGACAUGCCCCCGCGGGCCGAGGAGGAGCUGGACCCCGUCACCCUGCACAACCAGGCCCUGAUGAACAUGGACGCCAGGCCCACCGACGGCUUCGAGAAGCUGCAGUUCCUGCUGCGGCAGAACCCCUGCCCGCCCGAGACCUUCGGCAACCUGCUGCUCCUCUACUGCAAGUACGAGUACUACGACCUGGCCGCCGACGUCCUGGCGGAGAACGCCCACCUCACCUACGGGCACCUCAGCCCUUACCUCUACGACUUCCUGGACGCCACCCUCACCUGCCAGACGGCCCCCGAGGAGGCCUUCCUCAAGCUGGACGAGCUGGCCGGCUCGCUGACCGACCAGCUGCGCAAGCUGACCAAGCGGGUGCAGGAGGCCCGCCACCAGCGCCGGGACGAGGCCGUGAAGAAGGCCGUCGACGAGUACGACGAGACCCUGGAGCGCUACGUCCCCGUGCUCAUGGCCCAGGCCAAGAUCUACUGGAACCUGGAGAACUACCCCGUGGUGGAGAAGAUCUUCCGCAAGUCCGUGGAGUUCUGCAACGACCACGACGUCUGGAAGCUGAACGUGGCCCACGUGCUCUUCGUGCAGGAGAACAAGUACAAGGAGGCCAUCGGCUUCUACGAGCCCAUCGUCAAGAAGCACUACGACAACAUCCUCAACGUCAGCGCCGUCGUCCUGGCCAACCUCUGCGUCUCCUACAUCAUGACCAGCCAGAACGAGGAGGCCGAGGAGCUCAUGAGGAAGAUCGAGAAGGAGGAGGAGCAGCUCGCCUACGACGACCCGGAGAAGAAGAUCUACCACCUCUGCAUCGUCAACCUCGUCAUCGGGACCCUCUACUGCGCCAAGGGGAAUUACGACUUCGGCAUCUCCCGGGUCAUCAAGAGCCUGGAGCCCUAUAACAAGAAGCUGGGCACCGACACCUGGUACUACGCCAAGAGGUGCUUCCUCUCCCUCCUGGAGAACAUGGCCAAACACAUGAUCAUGCUGCGGGACAGCGUCGUCCAAGACUGCCUCCAGUUUCUGGAGCACUGCGAGAUCUACGGCCGGAACGUCCCGGCGGUCAUCGAGCAGCCCCUGGAAGCGGAGAAGCCCCACGGCGGCAAGAACACCGUCACGUACGAGGCCAGGCAUCUCAGGGCCCUGAUGUACGAAAUCGUGGGCUGGGACCGGUGAUUCCGUCUCGGCCCCCGGGGCCGCCCCGCUCUCCUUGGGGUCCGGCCGAACCGGGGGUCGUCCCCCCCCCGCCCUCCCCGGCGUCCCGGCGGGCUUCCGUCCCGCCCCCACCCCCGUCACGUGUAAAUGCCGUGUGUCCUGUCUCGUACCUUUUUCCCGUUGUAACGGCGCGAUGAUUAAAAAGGCUGUUUUUGUGUUUUUUUUAAUUUUCCCAGAAGCUUGACCGAUUAAAACACGCAGGCUGAGUCGGGCUGUUUAGA